AUGAAGGGCUUUUGUCUACGAGUGAAGUCCGAGAGUGAAGACUACAUCCGGAAAGAUAUCACCAUGGUACAGACGCAAUUCUGUAAGAAGGUCAAGUUCGUGCGACACGACGGAGCUCGCGAGUUUGCAACCAACUCGCUUCAACUGCUCUACGAAGACGAAGGCAUUGAACAGCAGACAACGGUGCCGUAUGCACAUCAAACAAACGGAACAGCAGAGCGUGCCAUUAGGACUAUUGUAACGAUCGGCCGCAGCAUGCUUCAUCAUGCCAAACUGGACAAGUGUUUCUGGGCCGAAGCAGCGAUGACGGCCAUCUGUUAA